CUCCUGAUUUACAGCACGACACACCUCCAGCUCUCUGUAAUCUUCUUCGGUAGACGGCACAGUGCACGGUAAAUAAAUUACAGAGAGAGGCAGUGAUAGGUGUCGCUAACAUAACCAACUUCACAUGAUUUAAAGGAAGAAAGAAAACAAAUCAAAGCAUGGCUUGAGAGAGAGAAGUAACUGGAUAUAUUUCUUUCCUUGAAGGAGUCGAGGAGUUUCAAGGUGAGAACACCUGCACCAUCUUUUCCAUCAUGGUGGACCUGUUCCUAAACCGAGUAUUGGUCGAGAACAACACGGACCAGGAUGAACUCAACACAGAGCGAGAGAUUGUCGGGAUCCUCGAAAACAGAAUCCUAAUGCUAUUCUUCGCAUCCUCCGAGUGUGAAAACUGCCAGGAGUUCCUCCCUGUAAUGAAUGACUUUUUGAAGAGACUCAAAGAUCCAGCGUACAUUGAAUACCCCAAACUGCUUGCACUUGUCUACAUCAGCUUAGACAAAUCUGAGGCGCAGCAGGAGAGAUUCCUCAAUAAGCUGCACAAAAAGGUUCUGUUCUUGGCCUUUGAGGAUCCAUACAGGAAUGAGCUGAAGGCCAUGUUUAAGGUGAAGAGCGUACCAACAGUCAUGGUCCUUCGCCCUGAUGGCUCCGUACUCUCUCCGAAUGCUGUGCAGGACAUUUGUAGUUACGGUACCGACUGUUUCAGAGACUGGCAGGAAUCAGCGGAGGUCAUUGAGAGGAGCUUCAUGCUCAACGAGGAUUUCGACAACCUAAAUAUGCACAGUGCCACUGACCCUGUGAGGAGACUCAAGUACAAGACAGAGGACGACAAGAGGAAAAAGAGAUGGUGGAAGUUAUGGGUGAAGGGCAAAGAUGAAAACGAAGAGGAGGAGAAAGAUGGAGCCUGGGAUAGAAAGAGAAAAGAUGGAGAUAAAGGAAUAUGGAGAAUAAGAUGAAGAGAAAAUACAAAGGAAAACACUUUUGCUUUUGUUCUCUUGCACAUUUAAGUCCAGCCUCCUUAAUCAUUAAUCCUUUGGUGACUGAUACUGCAGUCUCUUAACAGGCUCAUUAGGAGGACUCUUUAAAAAUGCACACUGAAAACAGCUCCUCUGUUUUGUUGCAGGAUGUAUUAGCACAAAGGGUGAGUUCUCAGUCAGAGCGAAUCCCAGGUUUCAAACAAAAACAUAAAUAUACACAGUAAUGGUCUUGCUCCUAAUGGUCUUUAUAAAUGUCUACCUGUAUAUCAUUUAACCCAGGAAUCCCAAAUGUAAGUACAUUGUUUUUGAAUUUCUGCCAAGUACCUCAAGUCAUAUCCCAUACCUUUCAAGAUGCACCAUGCAGCAGUUUUUAGAAAUUGACAAAAGAACAGCAAAGGGGGCAUAGGCUGCCAAAUCAAUGUCCUAUGUUGUAUU